AUGCCUCCGUCGCGCGCAGCACCGCUGACGAGCUCCUUCUCCGUCAGCGACGAGAGCAAUGUCGUUGUUUGCCCGCUGCGCAACCAUGACAGCUCCGCCUGUCGCAAGCGCUGCACUGGCGAGAAGCGUUUUCGGUCCAUGCAGGAGCACAUCCGCCGUGCCCAUCCGGAGCACUACAUUUCCAAGUUGCCGGCAACUGAGGAGAGCUUCAUGUUGAUGGUCAACACACCACCACAAGAAAGACGCCCGCCUCCACCGGCAACAACCUCAGCAGCACCCCAGCAGACGUACGAUUAUGGCGGCAACGAACACAAUUCCUUCUUCGAGACCGACUUCGGUACCAACCAUGUUCGCACAUCGGACGAGAUGCGCCGACCGUCGCUCUUACCCGCUGCAACCGCUGCAGCUGCCCUGGCCUCGUUACACAACCAUCGUGCCGAGUACGACUGGGACUCAGAUCCGGACGCGGCAUCCGACCCAGACUCAAAGAAUUAUAGACCUCGCGCACGAUUCGCUCCUACCACCAUAGAACAACACAUCAAUGCCGAAGAACCUUACUAUACUUCUACCUCUAUACAGCAAGAAUUGCUACCUUCCUCCCUCGCACGUUCGCCUCCCGGGCGCUCCUCAACGCUGCCACCAGGCGCCCACUCUCUCAAACCAAACAGACCUCGCAAGUCAUCUAUAGGUCAGAAUGCUCGUCGGGGAAAACAUGAGCGGCAGAAGUCCAAGGACUAUUCCCGCAGGCUGAGCUACGACAGGAAGGCUUACUCAGCUGAGCCGGCAACAGCUGCGGCUAUCAUGGGCAAACGAUGGGAAGACUUGAUUGAUGCCGCAGCUUCAGCCACAGAAGAGGACAGUCGAGAUCUUACACCGGUGCCACAAUCGCCAAAUCAAUCCCCUCACAUGAUGAACAACCGAACCUCUCUACCUCCCUUCAACUUUGCUUCACAACUUCAGUCAUACACCGCAUCACCAUUGAACAACGCCUUGACGCCUCCACCCCCGGAUAUGUCGGAUCUCCAGCCUUUCCCUUCCGUCGAGUCCUCCAUUGAAUCAGCCAUGUCCGGCCAAACUUUCCAUAUGCCUUCCCAAGACCAAUCACCUACCUCGCCGCAAGUAUCUUCUUUUGAAAAGAUCAACGGACGCAAAGAAGGGGGCGUUGGCGGAGCUGUGAAAAGGCCUGAAGUGCAAGCUAGAGUUGACUCGUACAUGUCGCAAGCAAGCAAUGCGAGCAACGAGAGUGUAGAAGAGAAGAAACAGCGAAGGAUGAGUCGAUUCAGGGAAGAACUAGACUUUGAGGCUGAGGAUAUUCUCAAAGCUUACGCUGCUUCCGAGUCUGCUGUACCCUCCGCAUUGCCGUCACUUUGUACUGGUGUGCCUGUCCUGCUCGCACUACCACUCUUUGGCGGACCUCUAGGCGGACCGCCAACCUUGGGAGGCGGAGGCACGCCACUGCCUUUCUUUGGUGCAUAG